UUUUUUACCAAGAGGAGUGAUUCAAAUUUACCGCGCCGUAAUGCUUGUUUCUAAUUGGUCCAACGGCAGGCGAGUUUACUCCACUAAAUUAUGACAUUGACAUUUCUGAAAUUGACACUAUUAUUUAAAAUUCAAAAAUUAUAUCGAGUUUUUGUGUUUUUGCAUUAUUCCUAUAAUUUUUUGAUUUUUCGUCUGCAUUUAUAUAAAAAAAACAGUUCUUUUUAGAACUAUUUAGCGUCAUAUUAGUGUCAUUACGAUAAAAAUAUGGAUUCAAUGCCGAGUACUAGUGGUAAUUGCCCUUCUCCACCUAAAAAACGCGGAGUGAAUUUGGGUAGACAUUUAUCAUCAAAUGAAAAACAAUUCAUUAUAAAUAUGUACAAACAAAUAAAAAUUGAUGAUCCUGGAAUGAAAAUAACAGCCAUGGUAGCAAAAAUAAAGCAGGCAACAGGUAAGUUUUUCAGAAUACCGAUUGUUAAAAUCAAAGACUUACUAAGUAAUGUUCUAAUUUUAGGUGUUGCGAAUUCAACGAUUUAUAGAACCAUUAAGGAAUAUAAGCAAACUGGAACUGUAAGAUGUCCUAAAAAUAUUGGCGGUAGACCUGCUGUACUUUCAAGAUAUGACGAAAAAGUUAAAACAUCUGUACGACAGAUAGUACACAGCUUCUUUUUCAAGAACGAAAUGCCCACUUUAAAUAAAAUUUUAAGUGAAGUUAACAACCGCCCAGAUCUUCCAAACAUGUGUCGUUCAACAUUAUAUAAAUUCUUGAAGCAAAUAAAUUUUAAGUACUUGAAGAGAAGUCGAAGAAGUCAUCUUAUCGAACGUGAUGAUAUCAUAAGAUGGAGACGUCGUUACCUAACUUCUAUAAAAGAAUACAGAAGUCAAGGUAAACCAAUUUAUUACCUUGACGAAACAUGGGUAAAUGAAGGUCACACCAAAGAGAAAGUGUGGGUAGACACCGAUAUAAAAAACCGUAGACAGGCUUUUAUUGAGGGGUUGUCUACUGGUUUGAAAAAUCCAUCAGGAAAAGGAAAACGCCUCAUAGUUUUACAUAUUGGAUCAGAGUUAGGUUUUGUUAAUGAAGGACUUUUACUUUUUGAGGGAAGAAAGACAGAAGAUUACCAUGAAGAAAUGAAUGCAUCUGUUUUCGAAAAUUGGUUUAGUAAUAUCCUGCAAAAAUUACCAAAAAACGCUGUUAUUGUAAUGGAUAAUGCAGCAUACCACAGCCGAAAAUUAGAAAAAAUUCCGACAACAUCAUCAAAAAAGAAAGACAUGCAGGAAUGGUUAAAAAUAAAAAAUAUUCCUUUCAAUUUGGAGAUGGUUAGGUCAGAAUUAUUACACCUGAUACGAUUAAAUAAAAAUGAGUAUAAUAUGUAUGUAACUGAUGAGAUGGCUAAAGAAAAUGGUCAAAUUGUACUGCGGUUGCCUCCAUAUCAUUGUGAGUUGAAUCCCAUUGAGAAAAUUUGGGCUCAAGUGAAAAAUGAAGUGGCAUUAAGAAACACAACAUAUAAACUGAAAGAAGUAAAAAAUCUACUGUUACAAGCUCUGGACAAUGUAACUCCAACACAUUGGCAAAAUUGUGUUAAGCACAUCCUGAAAGUAGAGGAAAAAAUGUGUAAACUAGAUGGUAUCAUGGAUAGUGUCAUAGAACCACUAAUAAUUUCAAUUGGCAAUGAUGACAGUGACACCAGUUCCUCAGAAGAUGAAUAAUUGUAUGUUCAAUACAAUUUAUUCAUCUUCUCAGGAACUUCGCUUCAAUGUAAUUUUGAUUUAUUUGAAUUUUAACCACAAUUUAAGUUUAAAGUUAAAUUUAUUUGAGAUUUAAAUUUUUAAAAACAAAUCACAUGGUAUGAUUUUUUUGAUGGAUAUUCUUAAGUUGAUUUUAUGUUUUCGAAUGAACUAUCUUUCAAUAAAGUCGUCCCAGGAACGCAACUCAUAGAUAAGUAUUGGCAACAUCGUUUAUUUAAAGUUAUUCACUUUAAAAUGGAUAAUAUAAUGUCUGAACUGAGGCCAUGAGAGCCAGAUGAGUGGCCUAACUGAUAUUUAAAUUACUUUACAUAAUCAAAGAAAAUGAUCAGAAGCUAACAAUGUUCCAUUGUUUUAGUAAUUGUAUGUUGACCAAGAAUCAUUAUUGGUCAACAUACAAUUACUAAAACAGUCGAACAUUGUUAGUUUCUUAUCAUUUUCUUUGAAUGUAAAUAUCAGUUAGGCCACUCUGUCUCUCAUGGCCUCAAUUGUUAAUAUAAAUGAGUCAGAUAAAAUUAAAUUAGAAGUUUUUUUUACCAAGCACCAAAAACAAAAUGUUUUGCAUUUUGAUAACGACUUGCGAAGUGGAAAUCGAAACAUAUCGAAAUCAAAAAUAAAUUUAAUUGCAAACUAAAAUUGUGGCUUUAUUCCCACCUAAAAUAGUAAAUUGCAUCAGAUGCCACAAAAAAAUACUCUCUAUCUCUGCUGGCCAUUAACUCUCUCCUUCCAAUUCUGCACUUCUAUACCUACCAUCCAAAUCUGCACUUUUAUACCUACCAUCCAAAUCUGCUUAUUACUUUGAACCACAUCGUUCAUGAUAUUUCUGGUCUGACUUUCCAUAUUAUUUGUUAUUCUUUUUCCACUCCUAACUCCACUAAAAAUUCCCUGCAGUACUUUCGUUUUCUAGAUGUCAUAUUUUCAUUUCAUCUUUCUUAUUCAUUGUCCAAGUGUAACAAGCAUACAAUGCCACUGGUCAAGU